CUCCAUCAAAGAAGAACUUGUACUUUCCUGAGAACGAUGCUCCCAGACCUUGGGGUGUGCCCUUCACUGGCAAAGGGCGGAGGCCCCGGCUGUGCCUCCGCGUGCUUCCGCCGCAGGGUGCAGGCGACCGCCUGCCUGGUGGGAGCGGGGCUGCUGCUGGCCUUUCUCGGCGCGCUUGGCUGCGCUGGGCGGGCCCCAGGUAUGGCUGCACGUGCGCGCUCCCUGCUUGUCGUCGCCAAGUCUUUGGAACUUGCUGCCAACGUUUUUGCUACGCACUGUUACCUGUUACAAAGAAAUUCCUUGGUGGACCCUCCAGGUUUGAGCAUGGCAGAAGGAGACACCCUGUUAUCAGUGGAUUAUGAAAUUUUUGGGAAGGUGCAAGGGGUGUUUUUCCGCAAGUAUACUCAGGUAUUAAUGAAUUUAAAAGGAUUUAAAUCAUAUGAGGAAUAUUCUGCAACUACAGUGGAACUAAACCACAUUAAAAAAAAAUAAAAAAGAUAACUGGAAAAUCCCAAAAUAUUUGGAAACCAUAUAGCACACUUACUUCUAAAAUUGUGGUAGAAUACAUAUAACAUAAAAAUUACUGUUUUAACCAUUUUAAAAUGUACAAUUCAGUGGUCUUAAGUACAUUGUUCUAUUUAUCUACAGAACGCUUUUCAUCUUGCAAAACUGAAACUCUGUAUUCAUUAAACGCUAACUCCCCAUUUUCUCCUUCCCCCAAGCCCCUGACAAUCAUAAAUCUACAUUCUAUUAAUUCAACUAUUCUAGUUACCUCAUAUAAGUAGAAUUUUACAGUAUUUGUCCUUUUGUGACUGGCUUAUUUCACUUAGCGUAAUAUCCUCAAGGUUCAUCUGUGUUAUAUCAUGAAAGUAAAAACAAUUUUCUUUCUUUGUAAGACUGAAUAAUAUCCUGUUGUAUGUGUA